AUGUCCAACAACAACACAUUCAGUUUAAUUUCGUGCGACAAACUAGACAGAGUUGCCAACUGGGUCGGCUCUAACGUGGCUUCUGCUUUCUUUGCUUCCUUGGAAUGUUUUUCUUUCAUCAACCUUAGCACCACCGACACUGAAGAAGACAACAUCAAUGAUGAUGAUCGUCCUCUCAUGCUCACCAAACCUGUUUCUCAUCUACCCUUUGAGGGUCCCACUAAAACUCUUGUGUUAAAAUCAGAGCUUCAUUCUUUAUCUCUUUGUAUCCCUCUCAAUUCUCUUAUGGGGUUUGUAAUUGGAACUGUUUAUGUUCAUUGGGUGUUCAGUUUUUGGUUUUUUCAUGAAAAGAAUUUAGUCUUUUUUGUGUUGGUGUGUGUGAAAUUUGUUGGAUCUUGUUACAUUUUGUUUGAUGUUAACGCAAUUGGUGAUGAAAAUGAUCAUGGAAACAGUGAAUAA